UAUCAUAAUGACAGCGACAAAGGAAAGAAAUCUAUGCUCAAAAUAAUGGACACUUUGUCUCUGCGAGUCAUUUGUGUUUCCAAUAGAAGAACUAGAUAUAGUUCAGUGUCCGCUGAUAUUUAUCUACUAUGAAGCAGACAUUUUUUCUCGCCAACUGUUUAACAUGGCUGACAGUAUGUAUCUUAACAGCCCAAUCAGAGACACCUUGCUACCCCUGCGAUCCCUCGUGGCCAAGACCAAUUUACUAUCCAGAUUUUAAGGACUGCGCCUAUAUCUGGGAAUGUUCCAACGGAGCUCUUACUAGAACUAGCUGUGACGCAGGUCUAGUCUUUGACUUUCUUAUGCAGGCGUGUGUUCCAGACGCCCCAGAGAUGCUGUUCACGUGCGCCAAGUUAAUGGGGCAAACCAGUUGUGUGAACGCCACAGCGGCUGCUGCUGCUAGCGGUCUCUAGCUCUCAAUCUCAACCAAAAUGUGACUUCAUGAAGAGUCCUCUUCUUUUUAGAACAUAUUGAUUGGAUUUCCCUUUUAGUUAGAUAAACAUUAAAAUAACAAUUUAGUUUCUAUUACAUACAACAUAACGAUUCUUCAUUGAUAUCACUGAAUUACUGCUGUAAAAACUGGAAACUAAUAAAUUUGUAUUCACUUUUGUGACUUAAAUAGUUUAAAUAAAUCUUACGUUCAAUUUUUA